AUGAAUUGGACAGGAGGCCGUCUUCACAGACAUUCCAACAAUAGUCACAAUGCAAACUCUAAGAAUCGAAUAAAGAACUCUCAACAGUUCCGAUCCAAGAUAACCAAAGACUCGAAUUGGAUCCCGUUCUCUCGCUUUCCAAACUCAACAGUUGCGGGGGAACUGACAGAAGGACAGGUAGAAAUUCGCGAUUAUGACCCGACACAAGAAUCCAGCGCUAGACUUUCGCAUCUACAAUCCCAUCCUUACGAAUGUCCACCCCUCGAAUCCUUUCAACAGUCACAGCCAGUCAGCCGAUUAGACAGCAUCAAGCAUCAGCUUUUGAAUACGAGAGACUGGGCCGCGGUCGCCGUUUCAAAACCUCUCGAGGUCGCAUUCACACGAACUGAAGAGAUUGAGAGAUUUGGAAAGAGAAGAAAGCUUACAGAUGCCGAUCGGAGAAGACUGGCGGAUGCUGAGAACAUUGUGUCCCGGAUAGAGCGGCCGUUUCGCAAGACUUGGGGUGAUAAAGAUACAGCGUCUGAAAUGAGAACGAUCAAAAACCUCAACAUCAGAAUUAAUGGGCGCAAAGUGCCGGCAGAGAGCUUGCCUUCGGAAAGCAGUAGUCUCCAAGCAAACGAAUCAUCUCAGUCGAUGCUUUUGGGUCACGAAUCAGCAUGCUCGGAAAAGCCCGAAACAGUGGAUUUACCUUGCUUUCGAAAUGGCGAAGGAAGUGCCUUUAAUCAAGGCCCCGAGGAGCUCGGUAUCCCGGAUCAAUCGCCAUUAUGUCUUAGAAAUUCUGUGGACACAGGUCCUAGAUCUCCGAGUGGGAUCCUUGACGUUGUAGCGAGCAUAUCUGCCGAUGAAGAAGUGUCAGCAGUUGAGCAAAUGUCAUCACACAAUAAUCAAAACGAUAGCUCCGCUCAUGAGUGUCAAGCAUUGGUCAACAGAAGAAGAUUCACCAUCGAUGAUCAGGUUGAUCAAAUGUUUGCCGAUAAUGAUCGAAGACUGAAUUCCGCCAACAGUGUGACUACGUGCGCCGAUGAGAUAAACCAGGAACGGCAGGAAAUUCCCUACAACACUCCCAUAUUAUCCUCAAAAACAUUGAAGGUGUUGGAUUGCUAUGCACGUAGGACAACACAUCAUUUGGCAGAGAAUCUGCUGCCUCCGGUUGGCGAUUCUAAUGACCAAGCACUCGAAUCGUUCCAUGAUAUACGAGCUGCAUACAAAUCGACUUACCGCGAGAAGGAUGAGAUUCCAAUAUUGUUUAAGCCACAUGGAAAUAAUAUCACUCUGUCCUCUCCUUAUAUGUUGGGCGCAUCCACAUCACCGACCAAAAUAUUUGGGCAACCAGUUGAGCUUGGUGAUAACAACGAUUGCGGCGCAAUGCGAUCGAUAUGGAAUACGGACCGUGAUACAUCAAUUCCAAACAGCUCAGCCAAAACACUCAAUGAAACAGAGAUAGUCUCUACUCAGUUCAAAUCCCCUCGCAUGAUUGAUAACGAGUUAUCGCAAGAUGCGGAUCCCCAAAACCAAAUCAUGUUCCAAACACAAAGACCAGGCUAUCAUCCUGGCAGUGGCUUCGCAUUCAGGACACCAAAGACCAUGCUUCAUUCACCGGCAACUUUGCUUGAAGGCUUCCUCCAAUAUGAUCAAAAUGCUUUCGGGCAAGGCCACAAACAAGCGGAAUCGGUGGAACCGCCUGUAGGUUAUCGGGACAAUCUGCAUAGUAUCGAACGGUUCUAUGCCAAGCGGAUAUCGUCAUCCCAUGCGCUCUCAUCAGAAUAG